CUCCAUCAGCCCGAGUUCACACUCGUCUCCCCCAGCAUUUCUCCUCCUCCCCAGCCCCACCCUUCCUUCUCGGCCCGGCACAGAGCAGGUCCUCCGGCGCUGCAGCCUGGGCUGCGGGUGAUGCGGGAGGAGGGAGAGCAUCCCUCGGCCGCCUUUCCCGUGGCUCUCGCCCGGGUACCAUGUGCGGGUGAGCUCGGGAGGCCCGUUGCCAUAACGACUGCUGCUAAAAUGCCCCCCCUGCGCGGGGAUGCAAUUGAUUGCGGACGGUCCCUCCUUCGGGGGGGACCCCGGUGCUGGGGUGCCCUGGGGAGGCUGGAGGGGGGCUGACGCUGCUGGCAGGCGAUGGGGGAAGGCCCCAGGAGCCCCGGUGGGAAAUGAGGCCGCGCUGCUGGCUGCGUGUCAUCCCUGCACGCUCCUGCCAGCCGCGGCUGCUCCCGCCAUCCCUCCCUCCCACCCUGCGCCUGUCACCUCUCACUGUCGCCCUGCUCUCCCGGAGCGGGGUCCGUUCUCCCUGGCACUGCCUGGCUGGGAAAGGAGCCUGACUCAUCCCAGCCAGGCCCUGGCAGAUGCUGGAGGCAGCAGCCUCAUCUCGUCGCCCCGCGCCCGCGGAAGGAGGGCGGCACUGCUCUGGACUCGGCACCACGCGCCCGAGUGGCGAGGGGAUCCUGGGAAGGCAGAUCUGCUGCUCCCGCCAUGCCACACUUCUUGGAUUGGUUUGUGCCAGUGUAUCUGAUGAUCUCCAUUCUCAUCCUGGUGGGCUUUGGAGCUUGCAUUUACUACUUUGAGCCAGGACUCCAGGAAGCCCAUAAGUGGCGAACACAGAGGCCGAUCAUGGAACGAGACCUUCGGAAGACACUGAUGAUUCGGGACAACCUGGCCUUCGGGGUGCCCGAGGUCUGACACGCUGCCCAUCAAGUCCAGAACAGCCUCUCCUCUCGGUAGGGAUGACAGUCCUGCCCUGCAUAAGCAGGGCUGAUCGUCACUUUGCGCUUUGCUGAUCUAGGUCUCAUACUCACCUUUCCGACCCUUUGCUUCUUAGGCAAGGUUUGUGUGGCACUGCAGGCUCAGGGCUUCCCACGUGCUCACAGCCCUUCACCCAGCCAAGGACUUCUGCUCUUCCCCAUGGCCGACACUGAUGAAUCACUCAAAUGAAAGGUCCCUUGUUAAUCACUUGAGUUUGAGCUGCCUGGCAUCUUGACAUGACCUUCAGCAGGAAAGGUCUCUGCAGGGGUACUAGGCUUGCAAAGGGAUACAGAGCCUUUUACUCCUAUUCACUGGGUUAAAUCUAACCCAGCCUGUUUAAGUCCAGUGGGUAUUUUGGGGGAAAUAAAUGGGAUUUCAACCCAGAUCGUUGCUUCAGCUAAGCUCUUCACCCUUGGUGCUGGGAUGGUAAGCUUGCUGAAGCUCUGUGCAGAGGGGCCAAGGGCUCAGCGAGCCCCAGAGACUGAAUGCCUUUAUCCCUGCUAAAGGUGCACCGCUUCUCUGUGUCUGUUUGGGAGAUGGAGAACAUCCAUCCACCCAUCCAUCCAUUCCAGAUGCACUACAUUCAAAUUACAGAUCUUUACUAAAGAAGUUUGUCCAAGUCCCAUGUCAAGCUGAGAAUAUUCUGCAGCCCUCCAUGAAGGGGUGCUGCCACACUUAGCACAUAAGCCUCUCCCAAUCUGCCUGACCUUCUGCUCCUCUGCCGCGGAGUGAGAUCAGAUAGUCUGGGAGGUAACUUGCACUUGUUCGGUCCUCUGCACUCCAGAGUCCUAUGGCGUGGAUGGGCUCUUCCUUAACUGUCAUCCCAACGAAAGCUGUGAAGCAUCCCUCGACCCCCUUUCCCUGCAUGUCUCUGAGAAGGGACACUAAGCCUGUUGGCGAAAUGGGCCCGUUGCACCACCUCUGCUUUCUGGACUGUAUAAUGUGGGUCUGGUACAAAAUCCCAUGUUCAUAGACUACCUGCGCUUUUUGCGCUGCCCUGGGGCUGAUCGGCUACCAAAGUGCUGUGUGAAGGUGUGAUGCUGGGGCUAAGAGGGAUGUUCACAUCUUCUCCUUCCCUGCCAGCCCAGUGCAAUGCUCACUGUGUACAGGGAGAUUUGGGAGAGCUCUGAACCUGUGGCGGGAGGUUGUGUCAAGAGCCUCUCCUCACCUCUCCUCCCACCCCAACACCCACUCUUCGGAUGCCGUAGGUGCAGCGGUGCUACUUGUGAGUGCGCUGGACACAGCGGGGUCCUGUGUGCCCCACUCCUGCAUGUCCCAGGGGUGUCAGCUGGUGCCACCACCCCAUGUCCACAUGUCUGCACAUCCCAUGCCGUCACAUGGACCUGCCAAUAUCGGGGCGACCCGCAUCCCCAGCAUGCUCCCAAGGUGCCAGCUUUGUGCUGUAGUCCCUGAUGGCUCCUUUGGGCAGCAGGAGUCCCUUGGGCCAGCUGCCCAAAUCUGCCACAGAUCCCGGAUGGGCUCGUGUCACUCAGCCUCUCCUGUGAACCUGUCAGCAGAAGUUUUCUCCUCCAUUCCCGAAGAAAGGAGGAGAGUGCACUGGGCUGGUUUGAGUGAGCAAUGCUCCAUUGGUAAUUCUCUGCAGGUGAAAGUUAACUUUUAGCUCUAUGGGUUUUGGCUGAGGAAGGACUAGGUCAGGACAUCCUGCGUCUUUCUGGGACAUUCCAUCCACUGGAUUGCAAUCGUAUCACCAUUAUCUUCUACACCAAAACCAGGCACACUGGCAGGAGCUUUUUGGCUCUGUUUCAGCCAGAGAACAAGUUGAGAGUCCUUCCAUUCAGCUAAAAAACAGAAAUCAUGAUGCAAGUACCCUAACUGGGGAGUCUCGCUCCGCAGGGAAAUGCAGUGAGUGGGAUUAUUCCUGUGCCCAAAGUUACGCUCACCCUGGCAAGCAAAGGCUCAAAGCGCAGCUGCAGCCUGAGACAGGUAAAUCCCACAUAUUUUUGUGCCUUGGUGACUUGGGGCUGCAAAAGGGAAAUGCCUUGGGGCUGGGCUGCAUGGUCUGACAUGCCACCCUCAGCUGCAUGGCUUACGUCGUCUGCCCUCUGGCACAACACAGCCAUAUCUUCAAGCGCCAGCUUGGAAACCUGCUUCCUCACCUCAACUCCCUCGUAGCUGGGACUGCACUGCAAACAGACCGCAGCUGAGCCAUGGGGUAGCUCUGUACUGGAGCUGAGGGUCUUGCAGCAGUCAGGGACAGGUUAAACCGUCCCCAUGGGAAGGGGAGCCUGCUCUCCGCAGCCUGCACCAGCACAGGCUGCUCUGCAAUCGCACCUCCUCCAAACCCACUUUCGGCUGCUGAGUCAAAAGAGAAGAGGGAAAACCACCAGCCUGGUAAAAACGAAAGGCUGGGUCUGCCACCACCGCUCUCGGCCAGCUGGCAUCUGUGGUGCGAUGGAGCUCCCCAUGGGGGUCCCCCAUCCCCUCUGUGUCCUCCUCUGCACGCUCUCCUGCCUGUUUUCACCUCCGCUCUGCCCAUGACUCGCCGCAGAAACCGAGCAAAAGGAAGACGACAAACAGGUCAGGGCUGGACUAGAGAGGAACUAGUUAUUCAUCUCCUCCGGCUUAGGUUUCAGACUGUUUAGUCCUGACGCAAUCAGUAUUAAGCCAGGUAUUUUCCACGGGUAUGAAGGACUUUAUUGCCAACGGUGUCAAAGCCCUCCCCAGUGGAAUAAAACUGUGUGACGAACAGCA